CCACCACAAAUGGGUAAAAUGAAGAAUCUCAUAAAAUUACCUAUUUUUGUGGUGGGAAAACAUGAUGGGUCUAGCAUUAGCGAGUUGGGAGAGCUUCAACACCUUUCGGGAAAAUUGUCUAUAUUGAACUUAGAAAAUGUUCAUUGCAUUAAUAAAGAUACGAUGAAGGUUAUAUUAAAGGAUAAGCAAGAUCUAUCUAAGUUAGAGUUGAAAUGGGAACAUGGUCAUGGCACUGAAGAUUCAGAAAAGGAAAGAAGUAUGCUUGAGCAGCUAUGUCCACAUACAAAAUUGAAUUCUCUCACCAUUGAACAUUAUGAGGGCACAAGCUUUCCAAAUUGGUUAGGAGAUUGUUCAUUCUCUAAUAUGGUUUCCAUAGUGCUAAGGAAUUGCAAGUAUUGCUUCUCCUUGCCUCCAUUUGGACAACUACAUGCCCUUAAGGAACUUAAAAUUGAAGGUUUUGAUAGAUUAUUAGGUGUGGGUCAUGAGUUCUAUGGGAAUGAUUCUUCUACAAUUAAACCGUUUAGAUCCCUUAAGUAUUUAAGCUUUAAGAAUAUGCGAGAGUGGCAAGAAUGGAUUAUAUUUGAAGAUGAAGUUUUCUCUUGUCUUCAAUGGCUUCACAUAAGUUAUUGCCCCGAGCUAAGCAAGAAUUUGCCCAAUCAACUUCCCUCUUUGACCAAACUUGAAAUUAGAGAAUGUAAGCAACUUGUUGCUUCAUUCCAUUGGGCUACUGCUCUCCAUGAAUUGUACUUUGAUGGGAAAAUACAAUUGCCAAGUGAUCGUUACUAUCCAUCACUUGAAAGUAUGAUCAUGAUUGGUGGCUGUGAUUCACUUUGGUCAUUUCCAUUACAAUUUUUCCCUAAACUCAAAUUUAUCGAAAUUUUUAAUUGUAAGAACCUUGAAUCUCUUUUGACAUCAACAAGAUCUCAUCUGGAUCUUACUUCUCUCACUUAUUUGAAAAUCUCUAGAUGCCCAACUUUUGUAUCUUUUCUUAGUGGAGGAAUCUGUGCUCGAAAAUUGACAGAGAUUGAGGUCUUUAGUUGCAAAAAGUUAAAGUCACUACCCGACGGAAUGGUCACCCUCCUCCCAUCUCUUUCGUCUUUGCAAUUGUACAAGUGUCCAGAAUUAGAUUCAUUUCCUAAGGAUGGUUUACCCUCCAAUUUAAAAACACUUACGAUCCAGUAUUGUGAAAAACUCAUUUCCUGUCACAAGGAGUGGGGAUUGCAAGCUCUUCACUCUCUGAGAGAUUUCAUAAUUUGGAGUAAAUGCGAAGAAUUGGAGUCCUUUCCUGAGGAGGCGUUACUACCUCCUACUCUUACCAAUUUCAGCAUCUCAAGUUUUCCAAAUCUGAAAUCACUAAAUGGUAAGGGGUUUCAACACCUCACCUCUCUUCAAAGCUUGACGAUUUGGUCCUGCGAUAAACUCCAGUGCUUACUGGAACAAGGCCUGCCCACCUCUCUUUCUAUGCUACAAAUCUUUGGUUGCCCUUUGUUGAAUCAACAAUGUGAAAAAGAAAUAGGGAAAGAUUGGCUCAAGAUUGCUCACAUCCCCUAUAUAGAGAUUGAUUGACAUGAUCAGACAACAGGUUCAGUACAUAUCUACUUUGGACUUUUGAAGUGCAAAAGACAGACUUUUCCGAAAAUGAUCAACCUAGGUA